GGACUUCCGGUCUUCCCUGCAGUGGAGUGGUGAAGCGGGUCCUGCCGGUGCUGGUUUUGAAAGGCUGCUGUGCUGUUUGCGUUUUCUCUUAAUAGUUAAGUUGCUGCUGUCUCCGCUUUCCUUUUACCUGGCGGGGAUCUUGGUCAAAACACUCCCUGCGACCUUAUUCCUCUAGGGUUGUGAUUUUUUUCUUUCAUCAAGAAAUAUCACUUGUUGGUAAUUUGUCAAACUCAAGAAACCCCUGGAGAAGCAGUCGUUGGCAGGCGCGGAGGCUGGGCUUCCAGAGCAUUUUGGCAAAUCAAAGCCAGGGACCGUUGCUGGGCCUCAUUUCCGCAACUUUUCGGCUCGGAACUGCUUCUUUGACUUAGAAGGACAUCUUAUUCUGCCAUAGUAAUGGCAGCCGAACUGCGAAUGGUACUUUAUGAAGAUGAUUCAGUACAAGUACAAUAUGUUGAUGGUUCCACGUUGCAACUUUCUCCCUGUGGCUCUGAAUUUUUAUUUGAAAAGUCACCUCCUGUUUCAGCACAUCCUUUAGAACAACCAGAAAGAAUUCGUCAAAGGACACAUUUUGUCAUUAGCACUUACAGAGAGCAACUACAGCGAGCCCUAGAUUUUCGAAACUCUUCAGCUACUUACCCUUUUUUAUCUGAAACCAUCAUACCUUCUGAAAGAAAAAAGCAUAUCUUCAUUGACAUCACAGAAGUGAGAUGGCCCAGUCUUGGUACAGACGGUACCAUGAUAUGUAUGGAGAGUGGCAUUGUGAAGAUAACGUCUUUAGAUGGUCAUGCAUACCUGUGCCUGCCCAGAUCUCAGCAUGAAUUUACAGUACAUUUUUUGUGUAAAGUUAGCCAGAAGUCAGACUCAUCUGCAGGGUUGUCAGAAACAAAUAAUAAAGCCCCAAAAGAUAAACUAGAAAAAGCUGGCAAAAUCUGUAUACAUGGAAAUUUAUCAGGACAGAGACUGAAGAAUAAAGAAAAUGAGCUUCAUUGCCAGAUCAUGAAAUCCAAAGAAACUUUAAAGAAGAUGAAUUGUGUAAAUGGAACUGAAGGGAGGGAAGAGCUGCCUUUGCCUGGUACAAAGCACACAUGUGUAUACACAUGGGUCAAGCAGUGCUGGUCUGUGGCUGCCUGUCCAGAGGAAUGGAAAUAUCCUUUGUCUUUAGCACUUCAUUUUCAUAAGAAAAUCAACAAUAUGUCUAAAAUGGAUGCACAUAUAACUCAGAGUAGAUGUUUAACUUCUGAUAUUUCAGAGGAAAGAGGAAAAGUGGUUUCUGUUCUUCCCAGGGCCCUGCCACUCAGCUGUCCAGUUCCACACCUGCACAGGUUUCAGCUAAAACCUAACUUCUUUAGAGUGGUUUUCCUGAAGACCCUAAACAAGUGGAAUUUUUGGGAUUCACUUUUACAGAGACAAUCCAAUGAAUAUUCCUAUCCUGAACAAGUAAAAAUGGUUUGGUACAAAGGUGUUACAUAUAGACUUACCCAUCAAAAUAUGAACUCAAUAGAGAUUUAUCCUGGAGAUGGAUCUGUUUUCAAAUCAGAAGGGGCUUAUUUUGGGAAAUAUUUUACAUAUUAUUCCAUUCAAGAAGGAUCAGAAGAGAGAGAAGAGAAAACUUACUCAGUAAAUAACCUUCCUCCAGAUAGACCAGGAAGUCCAUUCUCUGUUGGUUCUCUAAUUAAACAGGCAACAAGAAUUCUUCAACACUGUGUGAAGAUGAGACUUUCUUUAAGCCAUAACUAUCAUAUAUGCUGCUGGAAAAUGGUACCUGGGAUAAAUGAUAGCAAUAUACUGCCUUUGGUUUUGAAAGAGUCACUCAUACCCAGCGUGGGAAGAUUUCUUGCCUACUCUGAUGACAAAGUACAUGCUAUCUUUUUAGAUGGCAUUACUCUAACCCUAAAUUGGAAUUUCAGCUCUCCUAUUGAGAAGAGACAAGUAAAUCAAGGUCUUAACUUGGGUUGGUGUAAGUUAACUUUUCCUGAUGGACAAGAUCAGUUAAUUCAAAUUGAACACCCUGAACCAUAUGAAAGAUAUGUGACAACAGUAACAUCAUGGUGCAGGAGACUGUUCCAGACUAGUCCCAGGGAGAUGCCCACUCAUUCGUCAUCUUCUGUUCUCCAAGAAAAUUGGUCUGUUGCUUCUGAACUUGAAAAGAUACAGAAGUUUAACUUGCUACUAGAGAAUAGUGGUAUCCUAAACCAGAUUUCUAACAAGAAAAAUGAACAGCCUUCUGAUCAUUAUAAACCGGGAUCUUCAGAAACCUUGCUAGGAGAAGUUAAUGAAAACAGAGUAUCAAUAGCAUUGAAAAAAACCUCUGAAAUCCUUCACGAUAUUGACUGUCUUCUAUCAAACUCUAAAAAAUGAAAAAUGGAAUUAUUACAACAUAUUAUUAAAAGUUUUAAGGAUGUUGUUUCAAGUGACUGGUAUAAAAUUACUAGUAAGCCAAGAUAUUGUACGUAUUACCCCUACACAAUGAUUGUGAAAGAACUGACAUUUAACUUUGAAGGUAUUUUUAUUUAAUUUGUACAUUUUUAAAAUAUGUAUUUGUAUUUUAUUAAUAAAUAACUAUCUUGAAGUUUUGAACUGUUU